AAUCUACCAAAAUCGUGUUAUUUCAAAAGAGAGAAUGUGUGCCGUUUGCUUGAGCCAUAAACGGCGCGUAGUGCAAUAAUAUUGAAUAUUCCUUUUUUUUUGAUUAAUCAUCACCGAACCAAUUAACCGGUGGAAGAAGAAUGAACACGCCGAUGUCGAUGCUGACGUCGCGUGGGCGCGUGCUACCUUUUUCGGAGAAGGAGAGAACCGAGGAGGAGACCGGAACACUGGAAUCGAGCCUCCUGCAGAUGAUCGAAGACAACCGUCGAUCGUCGCUACAGCUCCGGGAAAAGACGGAGAGAUCGAGGAAGGAGGCGAUCAGGCACGCGACGAGAACGGCGGAUCUGCUGGUGAAGGCGGUGAACGGAGGAGUGGAGGAGUGUUUCGUCAACGAGAAGCGGAUCGAGGCGGAGAUAAGAUCGCUUGCGGUUACGGUGGCGCGGUUCGGCAAACAGACGGAUCAGUGGCUUGCUGCAACUCACGCCGUUAAUAGCGCCGUCAAGGAGAUUGGAGAUUUUGAGAAUUGGAUGAAGACGAUGGAGUUUGAUUGCAAGAAAAUAACUGCUGCGAUUCGUAACAUUCACGAAGAUCACUAAGGUUCUGUCUGAGAGUAGUGGCAAUGCAAGAUCGUGAACAGUUUUUUCCUGUCUGAAUGCUGUUUCUUAAAACAAGUUGUCUCAAAAUUCAAAAAUGUACAGAGAUCAUGUUGUCAUUUGCCUCCUUGAGCUCUUUUUUUGUUCAGUCAGUCUCCUUGUAUUUGUUUUAUGUAUUCUUGCUUUCACUUUCU